AUGGAGAAUCCAUUAAGUAUCACCUUAGGUGCUCGUAUGAGCGCUUAUCUUGUUACACCUGAAGAUUACCGUAAACAAAGACAAAGACUCAACAAGAGAUUGAAUAAAUUACGUCAUGAAUUAAACAUUAUAACCAAAGAUACUAAGAACUAUAAGACUAAAGAAAAGAUUACGAAGAUCAAUCAAGAAGAUUAUGAAUCUAAUGAUAAAUAUGGAUUAUUAUUGUUAUUGACUGCUGAAAGAGAUGUGCUUUAUGCCCUUGAAAUCAAAACUCAAUUAGAAAUAACUAGUGAAAAAGUUUCAUCAUAUAAGAAUCUUAUGAUAAGUAAGAUUAAAAGAGCAUUAUUAACAUGUAAGAAAUUAUUAGAUAUAACUUCUAAAGAUUCAAAUGAUAUUAAAAAACUUGAACUUUAUGUAUAUACAAGUUUAAUCCAAGGUUUAUUAUCUGUCACUAAGAAACAAUGGUCAUUAGCUUUAAAUUCAUUUUCAAUUGCUAAAUGUUCAUUAGAAUUCUUAUUAAGUAAGAAAUAUAAUAAUGAUGAUAAUGAAGAGUUUGAAGAUGAUGAAGAAGAAAAUGUUGAACAAUAUAAAACUUUAAUUCAUGAAUUACUUGAAUCAUUAGUUGAUCCUUCCUUAAAUUUAUCCAUUAAUCAAAGUGAUAAUAUUCAACCAACUUCAGAUUUAAAAACCAUUUCUAGAAUUCAUUGUCAUGAUAAAUCAUUACCUUAUUUAACCAAUGCAAUUAAAAUCAUUGAAACUAUCGAUCCAUCCUUUGUGGCUCAAUUAUCAUCAUCGGUAGAAUUAAUUAAAACCAUUCAAUGGAGACAUCAUGAAGCCACUAUAUAUAAUGAUGAAAUUGCCUUUAAAAUCAUGAAAUUAACUACUUCUAAUCAAUGGGAAAAUUUCGAUGAAGUUAAUGAAUUUGAUAGUUUGAUUACAGGUUGGAGUGAAGUAUUAGAUUUACAUACUAAUGAUCAAUCCAAAAAUCAAGAUGAUGAUGAUUUAGAAAAAGUUCAAGAUCGUGCAAUUUUAUUAACUUAUAUCAAUUAUAAUUUAUUAUUCACUAGAUUAAAGAGAGAUUUAGUAUUAGUUGAUCAAUUAACUAAUUCAGUCAAUGCCAAUAAUAAAGAUACUUAUAGAUUAUAUACCGGUAUUAUAACUAUAUGUCAAGAAUUACAAGAAUUACCUGGGGUUUAUAAUGAUGAUGAAUUAUAUGAAUCAUUACAAAAUUUGGAAAAAUUCUUUCAAGGGAAAAAGAAUGUGGUAUUAGCUACUACUUAUCAACAAAUUAAUAAAUUCAUUGAAGCUUUACAAAUUUAUGAAUAUACUGAUAAAUCAAUUUCUUCUGCUAUUGGUAAGAAACAACCUUAUACUAUAGAGGAAUUUCCAUAUAAAGUUACAUCAAAUGAAGAAUUUUUAACGUUUAAACAAGAUUUAAAUAAAAAAUUAUUACAUUGUCAUAUUUCUGCUCAAUUUUUACAUGAUUCAUCCAAUCAAAAUGUUCAACAAUUUGUAGUUGAAAAUGUUAAUAAAUACCCUACCACUUCAUUAUCCAACAUCAUCAAUACUGGUAAAAUCUUACCUAUCUUAAGUAAACCAGUAUUAUUCGAUGUUGGUUAUAAUUAUAUUUCAUAUCCAUCUACUGGAACUUCAUCCAUUGCUGCUGCUGUUGGUAAUGCCAGCUCAAAAAUUAGUUCUGCUAUUGGAGAUAAUGAUGAACAAGAAGCUUCUAAACGUGGUGGGUUCUUUGGAAUCUUUGGUCGUGGAUAA